AAGCUCAUCACAUCUCGCCGCACCCUUCCUGCAGUCUUACAGUACCACUGUGUCAAGGAAACAAGCGAUUUGAAAACAAUUGUGACAGUUUCCAUCUCCUCCCUCGAACCCACCUCUCCCAGCCUUCGGAAGCCGACCACAAGCGCCGCUCAUCACCAUGUCCACACUCGAAGAGCUCGACGAUCUCGACCGCCGGGAGCGUGAUGAUAAGGACAAGAAGGACAAGAAGGGCGAUGGCAAGGAGAAGCAAGGCAGCGGAGAUGGCGACGCCGAGAUGAAGGAUGCGGAGCAAGAAGAGGACGAUGUGCUGGAUCCAGAGAUCUUGAGCUUGAGCACCGAGGACAUCAAGACUCGCCGGCGCUUGCUCGAGAACGAUGCCAGAAUAAUGAAGAGCGAGUUUCAGCGGUUAUCACACGAAAAGGCCACCAUGGCUGAGAAGAUCAAGGAAAACAUGGAGAAAAUUGCGAACAAUCGUCAACUGCCAUAUCUUGUCGGGAACGUCGUCGAACUUCUAGAUCUAGAUCCAACCGCCGAGUCAUCCGAGGAGGGCGCCAACAUUGACUUGGACGCCACCCGGGUCGGCAAGUCGGCCGUCAUCAAGACAUCUACUCGGCAAACCAUCUUCUUGCCACUGAUCGGCCUCGUCGACCCCAACAAGCUCAAGCCUGGCGAUCUCAUCGGCGUGAACAAGGAUUCGUAUCUCAUCCUCGACACACUACCGGCCGAGUACGACAGCAGAGUCAAGGCCAUGGAAGUAGAUGAGAAGCCGACAGAGAAGUAUAGCGACGUUGGUGGUCUCAGCAAGCAGAUCGCUGAGCUUCUCGAAGCUAUUGUGUGGCCGAUGAAAGAGGCGGAACGCUUCAAGAAGAUCGGUAUCAAGGCUCCCAAGGGCGCCUUGAUGUAUGGACCUCCCGGUACAGGCAAGACGCUGCUCGCCAGGGCGUGUGCUGCCCAAACCGAUGCUACCUUCCUCAAGCUUGCCGGGCCACAGCUGGUGCAGAUGUUCAUCGGAGACGGUGCCAAACUGGUCCGCGAUUGUUUCGCGCUCGCCAAGGAGAAGGCUCCCGCCAUCAUCUUCAUCGACGAGCUGGAUGCCGUCGGCACUAAGCGGUUCGACAGCGAGAAGAGCGGUGACCGCGAAGUGCAGCGGACCAUGCUGGAGUUGCUCAACCAACUGGACGGCUUUGCCUCGGAUGACCGCAUCAAGGUCAUCGCUGCCACCAACCGAGUAGACGUGCUGGAUCCUGCACUGCUCCGAUCUGGCCGUCUCGAUCGCAAGAUCGAGUUUCCACUUCCCAAUGAGGAGGCCCGCGCCCAGAUUCUCAAGAUCCACUCCCGGAAGAUGAAGGUCGAUCCUUCGGUCAACUGGGGUGAGUUGGCGCGCAGCACCGACGAGUUUGGCGGUGCCAUGCUCAAGGCCGUGUGCGUCGAGGCCGGCAUGAUCGCGCUGCGCAUGGGCAAAAACAAGAUCGGGCACGAACACUACGUGGACGCCAUUGCCGAAGUACAGGCCAAGAAGAAGGAUACGGUCAACUUCUAUGCUUAAGCAUCAUGACGCCCGCACGAUCACAACCGAGUACGGCAUUGGGACAUUCAAAGUGGUUUCUAGAGACUGGCAUGCCAAGUUCAUAGAGCUCGCCAUUUGUGUAAUGACACGG